CCGGUUAUGGCCGGCGUGCGCGGACACGUGCCUCGGCCGGCCUGAGAAUCUGGGAGUUUCGGGCGGUUUUGGGGCUGCGAGGAGAGCGGAGCGGUAUCCCGAAUCCGGGCAUCCGGAGGGGAAAGAACCGACUCUCAGCGUGCCCGGGACCCUUUCUGGAGCUGGUCCCUCGCUCCCUGCCGGCUGUCAUGUGGGCUGCCCUGAAGUCAGCCCUGCGGCCCUGCGCCCGCGUCUUUGUCCCCGGGCCGCGCGCUUAUCACGGGGACUUGGUGGCCACGCUGGGCACCCAGCCAGACUCGGGCUCUGCCAUCUACCAGGAAAACUAUGAACAGAUGAAAGCACUAGUAAAUCAACUCCGUGAACGAGCAGAGGAAAUAAGAUUAGGAGGUAAUGAGAAAGCCCGAGAACUCCACAAAUCAAGAGGAAAACUUUUAGCCAGAGAAAGAGUGGACAGUCUUAUAGACCCAGGGUCUCCAUUUCUGGAAUUAUCUCAGUUUGCAGGUUACCAGUUAUAUAUGAAUGAGGAGGUCCCGGCCGGUGGCAUUAUUACAGGCAUUGGAAGAGUAUCAGGAGUGGAAUGCAUUAUUGUUGCCAAUGAUGCCACCAUCAAAGGAGGUUCCUACUACCCAGUGACUGUGAGGAAACACUUACGGGCGCAAGAAAUUGCAAUGCAAAACAGACUCCCCUGCAUCUACUUGGUUGAUUCAGGAGGGGCAAACUUACCUCGACAAGCAGACAUAUUUCCAGAUCGAGAUCACUUUGGCCGUAUAUUCUAUAACCAGGCAAUUAUGUCUUCUCAAAAUAUUGCACAGAUUGCGGUGGUCAUGGGCUCUUGUACGGCAGGUGGUGCUUAUGUGCCUGCAAUGGCUGAUGAAAACAUCAUUGUACGCAAGCAGGGUACCAUUUUCUUGGCAGGACCCCCAUUGGUGAAAGCCGCCACUGGAGAGGAAGUGUUGGCCGAAGAUCUUGGCGGUGCUGAUCUGCACUGCAGAAAGUCUGGAGUAUCCGACUACUACGCUUUGGAUGAUCAUCAUGCCCUUCACCUAACUAGGAUGAUUGUGAGGAAUUUAAAUUAUCAGAAGAAAUUGGAUGUUACUGUAGAACCUUCUGAAGAUCCUUUAUUUCCUGCUGAUGAAUUGUAUGGAAUAGUUGGUACUAACCUUAAGAGGCACUUUGAUAUUCGAGAGGUCAUUGCUAGAAUCGUGGAUGGAAGCAGAUUCAACGAGUUCAAAGCCUUUUAUGGAGACACAUUAGUUACAGGAUUUGCUAGAAUAUUUGGAUACCCUAUAGGUAUCGUUGGAAAUAAUGGAGUUCUCUUUUCUGAAUCUGCAAAAAAGGGGGCUCACUUCAUCCAGAUAUGCUGCCAAAGGAAUAUUCCUCUGCUGUUCCUUCAAAACAUUACUGGAUUUAUGGUUGGUAGAGAAUAUGAAGCUGAAGGAAUUGCCAAGGAUGGUGCCAAGAUGGUGGCUGCUGUAGCCUGUGCCAAAGUGCCUAAGAUAACUGUCAUCAUUGGGGGAUCUUACGGGGCUGGAAACUAUGGGAUGUGUGGCAGAGCAUAUAGCCCAAGAUUCCUCUACCUAUGGCCAAAUGCUCGCAUCUCAGUGAUGGGAGGAGAGCAGGCAGCCAAUGUGUUGGCCACAGUAGCAAAGGACCAAAGAGCACGUGAAGGGAAACAAUUCUCCAGUGCUGAUGAAGCAGCCUUAAAAGAGCCCAUCAUUAAGAGGUUUGAAGAGGAAGGAGACCCUUACUACUCCAGUGCAAGGCUGUGGGAUGAUGGGAUUAUUGAUCCAGUGGACACCAGACUGGUGCUGGGUCUCAGUCUUAGUGCGGCCCUCAACGCACCAAUCCAGAAGACUGACUUUGGCAUCUUCAGGAUGUAACUGGAAUAUAAGGCGUCUUCCAUGGGACAUGUACCAAAAAUUAAUGUACUGGUAGCCUUAAAAUUUUAGGCUUUUCCAACAUGUGGCUAUUACACUAAAAUCCUCAACACAGUGCAUUGUACUUUUCUACCUUAAAAAAAAAAAUCAGUGAAGAUAUUUA